AUGAGUGCCCAUCAACGUCGUCUUGUACCAGGUCCCUCACCUUCAGAGGAUUACCAUGACGAAAAUUAUCAUGAACAUGACACUGAAAAUGGUAGUCCACCCCCCGAGGAAGGGAAAGGGCCUGGUACGUGGAAGAAGAGAGUUUCGACUGCUUGUUUGGCUUGUAAGAAGUCGAAGAGGAAGUGCACCGGCACAUCCCCAUGUGUAAACUGCCAAGCCUUCAAAAGAGUCUGCAUCUUCGACGAAUCUCUCGACCAACGCCGACGCGUAGCCGCAAAACGAACAGCGGACGAACUCUCCUACCACCGCGACCUCCUCUCAGAUCUCUUCAAGCUGGUCCGCGAAGCAAACGAACAAGACGCCUUGCACCUGCUAACAAUAAUCCGGCACAAUGCCCCCGCAGACGAAAUCCGCGCUUAUAUCAACCAAACACUCGCUUCAAUCACCUCGUCCACCUCUGCGACAUCCACAGCUGUCAAACAGCAAACUGUUGCAAAGCUCGAAGAUAUGCGUCAGCUCCUCAAUGUCGAGGGGACCGGUCCUACGUUCAGAAGAAAGGUUAUGGAUAUCCAUUACCUGUGUGACUCGGCGCCAUGUGAAGUGCCUGCGGCGCCGUGGACGAGGGUUACGGCUGAUGCGGAUUUGGUGUCGCAUCUUGUGUCGUUGUAUUUUGCGUGGGAUUGGCCGUUUAGUGCGGUUUUGGAUAAGGAGGUUUUUGUUAGACAUAUGGCCAAGGGUGUAUUGGGGUCUGAGUUUUGUAGCCCGUUUUUAGUUAAUGCGAUGCUCAGUAAUGCUUGUUACUUCUCAGAGUUCUCCGAGGCUUAUGUUGUUCCUGGUGAUAUCUCUUCGAAAGGGAGUGAUUUCCUUGCUGAGGCAGAGAGGUUGAGAGCCGAGGAGAGUUCGCAGCCUAGUUUGGCGGGUUUGCAGGGGACUUUAUUGAUGCAUGAGAGAUACGCAAUGUCCCGCGAAGACGAUCUGGGCUAUAUCAUGCUGCACGAGGCUAUCCGAAUGGGCGAGGCUUUGGGUCUCGUCGGCAGCACGGGACCCAGAAUGGCUUCGGGUGAGUUAUCCCAUGACAUGGAUAUCUCAUGCAAGCGCACAGCCUGGGGUCUGUUCAACGUCGACACAAUGGUCCACACCUCCUUCCUCCGCCCAAGUCUCAUCGACCACGUCAACAUGGCCCGUCUCAAUAUCAACCAGCCCGAAGACAAAGCCCUCUGGCAGCCAUACCCAACCCACCGUGAUUUGCGCCCGUCAUUCUUCAGUCAGUACUUCGACGAAGCAUGCAACCUGUCGACAAUUGCGCGCGAUAUCUCGCGCAGUAUGUUCGCGGAUCACAGGAGCAAUCCCACCCUCGGCCCUAUCCACCGCCAGAGUCGCGAGGAUCUAUACGAUCGGAUCCGGCGCUGGCACGAUGUUCUCCCGGAGGACUUUGAUGUGCGGUACAGACCAGCUCCACAUAUCAUCUUACUGAAAAUGCGCUACCACGCCCUCAUCAUAAACCUCUUCAGUUGCAUCUCCGAAGACGAAGUCCCGCCCAUACAGUUCGAGCCCAAAACACCCGAAAGCCCGCCGCGCCACACCCCCGAGAGAAAAUACAACGCGCGGGAAGUGACGCAGAGCGCUGCGCGUGGUAUCGCAUCCCUAACGCGUCUGCACAGACGCGAGUUCGGGGUUAAUCGCGUGCACCAGUUCGCGAUGUACGCGAUUAACCUGGCGCUGUUUACGAUGCUCGAACAGGAGUCGUUUGAUGUGCUGGAUGAGGAUUUCCUCACUCUUGCGAGUGCCUUCUCUAUCGUUGCAAGUCGGUCUGCGCUGGGGCGGAAUCUGUUUCAUAUUUUCCGGCAGUCGGUUCGGGCCAAAGCACAGGGGUAUCGGAUUCGGGAGGCGAGUUCUGUGCCUGAUGAGUUGAAGGAGCUGUUUGAUGAGGAGUCGAAGGCGAGGGGGUGUAAUCGGUUUGAUGAGUACGCUGAUGGGCUUGAGAAGUUGAACCAAAAGGAGAAGUAUCAUGGGAUUGGGGAGGGAGAUGGGGGGUUGCAGGAUUAUCCAGGUCUUGGGCUAUCGGAUAUGUUGGAUCGAUAUGAGAGUCUUAGUCUUGGCAAGGAUGUUUCGGUUGAGAGGCAUAGACCUGUUUGGUGUUGA